AUGGUAACAGGAAAAGGAUUUUAUACUGAUUUUUAUAUAUUAUAUGUCUCAUUUAUACAUUGUAUUAUAUUAAUAGCAGUUUCCAUGAUAGCAUUAAGAGCCUUAGAAAAUCCUGAGUUAGUUGUAGACUCAUUGCUUUCAAGAGAUGUAAAAUAUAAGGAUAAGCAAUAUAGAGAUAAUUUUGAAACAUAUCAAUAUGAUGCUGAUAAUAAGAUUAAAGGUGAAAUCCUUUAUAAAAAACUAGAAAAAAGGUUUAAGAUGAAGGACUUACAAUAUAGAACUUUAGCUAAACUAUUAAAUACAUUAACAAUUAUUAAAAAUGAUGGACAUGGAAAAGGGGCAUUUAGAUUUACUAAGAGCUAUAGUUCUAUAGACGAUGAUAUUUUAAGUUUAAAUCAAAAAUUAUUAAAUAUUGUUAAGGAUAUAGAAUUAAUUCUAUAUAAAAUAAAAGAAUUAGAAAAAGAAUUAAUACGCUUAGAAAUGUCUCAAGACUCUAAAGAUAGAAACAAGGGCUUUAUAAGAACAGAUGUAGAAGCAUCAGCUAAAACAUUUUUAAAAAAAGAAAAGAGGAUAAACAAACAUAUUCCAAAUGUUCAUGAGGAAUAUGAAUUAGAUGAAGCCCCAGUAAAUUAUUUUAAUAUAGAUGACACUAUAUUAAAACAAUCAAUAAAAAAAAAAAUUAAUAAAUACAUAUUAUUAUCCAGCAGGGCAAAUAGCUAUUUAUUUAAAAAUAUUAUAACAAGCCCCUCAAAUAAUAAAAUUAAAAACAUCAAUAAGAUAAAAUAUAACUUAAGACAUAUCAUAAAAUUAGAAAACAUACAAAAUAAUAUAUAUAAACAAAACCAAACCAUCAAACACAACCUAAACUAUAGCACCAAGCCAUACAACAUCAUAAAAAUACAUGAAGAUACACCAAACCAAUUACAAAACAGAUUAGAAAGAACAAAUAAAUACACAUAUAAACAACAACGAAAAACUAUCAUAAAUCUAAGAAAAAACAUAGAAAUCCACAACAAAAUAAACAAAAUGAAACAAAAUAAAAAAACAACAAUACAAUUAAUAAAAUUACAACAUAAAUGUAACCUAUACAUACUACAAAAUAAACUACAAAAUAAACUAAAGAGAAAAUAUAACAACCCACGUUAUUCUAGAAAAUAUGCAUUACACGUAUACCGAAUUUUCAAACGAAGACACAGGAUCGCAUUACUCUUAGGAGUCAAAGACUACCUAAUUAGAGAAAAACCAUACCGCAUUCCUAGCCUAGAACUACAACAAAACAAAAACAAAACAAAAUAA